AUGUCGAUGGGCGCUGUCCUGUCCGCCGUGCGCGCCGCCGGCAGGCAGCAGCUCUCCGCUUCAAUCGUCGCCGCGAGGCAGGUGUCCGCCUCCCACGUGCUCCGGAUCGACGGGUACUCGCGAAUCAGCAAGAUACUGGCCACCGGGCAGGCGACGAGGUCAGGCACGUUCAGCGUUGGCGGCCACGACUGGCAUAUUUUGCACUAUCCAAACGGCUGCUUCGAGCAGCACAAGGGCUCCCUCUCCUUCUUCCUGGAGCAUGCGAGCCACGCAAAGACCGGGGAUACCACGGCAAAGGUGGAGCUGAGCAUACUCGACCACGCCUCCAAGCCAUCGCACACACAAACCAAGGCAGAUUACCGCUUCUCCAACGCCACUUCCCUCAACUGGGGCUGGAGAGACUUCAUCAAACACGAGGAUCUGGACGUGGAGAAGCAUCUCAAGGACGAUUGCCUGACCAUCCUCUGCGACGUCACCGUCACCGUGCUGGACACCGAAGACCACUCCGAGGCUGCCGCACCGGAGCCUACUGUCGUGGAGCCUCCGUUCGGCAUGCGCGGGCAACUCGCGGAAUUCAUCUGGAACAAGAAGGAAGUGGACGUGCACAUCGAGGUCGGCGGUGAGACGCUCCCCGCGCACCGGCGGAUACUCGAGGCCGCAUCACCCGUCUUCAAGGCGCACCUCUCGCUCGCCUCGGCAACCACCGGCCGCGGCGGCGGCUGCAACAGCAACACCGCCUUACUACGCGUCGACGACAUGGACGCCGAGGUGUUCAAGGCCCUGCUCCAGUUUAUAUACUUGGACUCGCCUCCCCGGCCCCUGGAGAAGACGAUGGCAGAGAGGCUGCUCGUCGCGGCGGACAGAUAUGAGCUGGAGAAGUUGAAGCUCAUAUGCGAGGCAGCAUUGUUGCAGCACGUCGAUCUGAGCUCCGUGGCUGCUGCUCUAGCGUUGGCCGAGCGGCAUCAUUGCUCCGUGCUGAGGACCGCAUGCGUGCAGUUCCUCUCUUCUCCCGGUAACCUGGAAGCAUUCAUGGCAUCGGGUGACUUCGCACAGCUAAAGACGGGUUGUCCCUCUGCUCUGUUGCCUGUUGGAGCUCCUCGUGAAGAAGAUGAUGCGUCAAGAGAAAGGCAUGUCUACCAUGCACAGGAUAUCCCGUGCAUGUAGCAGCCAUUGAUUUUCUUGGAGAUUCGCAUGCAUUAAUGACUACUACUUAUAUUGUCAGACUUGUCUGUCACUAGCUAUGCUCUAUCAUCCCAUGCUUUUUCAUUUUAUUCACAAGCCUAAAUCCAUUUUAUCUUUUCAACCGGAAGUCUAUUUAUGAUCUGUUUGCAUUUUUGUGUUU